CCACUGCAGACACAUCAUGUGAGCAGCUUCCUCCUCUGCCUCAGCCCGCUUUCAGCUGCGCGGUCGUCACAGCGCAGGCGCAGUGACUCAGGCGCGUGGCUGAGAGACCUCCUCGGUGCUCGCCGCGCUCGUCAGAGGCUCAGCUGAUGGCGCAGAGAUGAUGGCCGCAUGGAUCCUCCUGAGCUGUGCUUGGGCACAGGGCAUGCGCGCGGAGGACUUCGCGAUGGAGGAGCUGGCCACGGAGAAGGAGGCGGAGGAGAGCCACCGGCAGGACAGCUUUAACAUGCUGACCUUCAUCCUGCUGCUCACCCUCACCAUCCUCACCAUCUGGCUCUUCAAGCACCGGCGGGUCCGCUUCCUGCACGAGACCGGGCUGGCGAUGAUCUACGGUUUACUGGUUGGCGUGAUUCUGCGUUAUGGCAUCCCAGCCAACAGCUAUCACAACAAGACGCCAGCAAGCUGCUCGCUGAGGGAGGGACCCACCAGCACACUGCUGCUGAAUGUCAGCGGGAAGUUCUUUGAGUACACGCUGAAAGGAGAGAUCAACUCCCGCGAGAUACACAACGUGGAGCAGAACGACAUGCUGCGAAAGGUGACCUUUGACCCCGAGGUCUUCUUCAACAUUUUGCUGCCUCCCAUCAUUUUCCAUGCGGGCUACAGUCUGAAGAAGAGACACUUCUUCAGGAACCUGGGCUCCAUCAUCACCUACGCCUUCCUGGGCACCGCCGUCUCCUGUUUCGUCAUUGGGAACCUGAUGUACGGCGUGGUCAAGCUGAUGCAGGCAGUGGGUCAGCUGACGGGGAAGUUUUACUACACUGACUGCCUUUUCUUUGGCGCCAUCAUCUCUGCCACGGACCCAGUGACGGUGCUGGCCAUCUUUAACGAGCUGCACGCUGACGGGGAUCUGUACGCGCUGCUUUUCGGCGAGAGCGUCAUGAACGACGCCGUAGCCAUUGUGCUGUCCUCGUCCAUCGUGGCGUACCAGCCGGCCGGCGCCAACACGCACCAGUUUGAUGCUUCGGCUUUUUUCAAGUCUGUGGGGGUUUUCAUUGGCAUUUUCAGCGGCUCCUUCGUGAUGGGCGCGGCCACGGGAGUGGUCACCGCUCUCGUCACCAAGUUCACCAAGCUGCACUGCUUCCCGCUGCUGGAGACGGCCCUCUUCUUCCUCAUGUCCUGGAGCACCUUCCUCCUCGCCGAGGCUUGCGGCUUCACAGGUGUUGUGGCCGUGCUGUUUUGUGGCAUCACGCAGGCUCACUACACCUACAACAACCUCUCUGAAGAGUCCACAAAGCGCACCAAGCAGCUUUUUGAGGUUCUUCAUUUCCUGGCUGAGAACUUCAUCUUCUCCUACAUGGGCUUGGCUCUAUUCACCUUCCAGAAUCACAUUUUCAGCCCCGUCUUCAUCAUUGGAGCCUUCAUUGCCAUUUUCAUCGGAAGAGCUCUGAAUAUCUACCCGCUCUCCUUUCUUCUCAACCUCGGUCGAAGGCACAAGAUCAAAGGAAACUUCCAGCACAUGAUGAUGUUUGCAGGUUUGCGUGGGGCGAUGGCGUUCGCCUUGGCCAUACGCGACACAGCUACGUACGCCCGUCAGAUGAUGUUCACCACUACGCUGCUCAUCGUCUUCUUCACCGUGUGGGUGUUUGGAGGUGGAACCACACCCAUGCUGUCCUGGCUGCAUAUCAGAGUCGAUGUUGAUCCAGACCAAGACCUGCAGCCGUCUGCAGACAGCUUCCAGGUCCUGCAGGGGGACGGGCCUCAGGCUGAAGGACAAAGUAAAACCAAGCAGGAGAGCGCAUGGCUCUUCAGACUGUGGUACACGUUCGAUCACAAUUACCUGAAGCCCAUUCUGACCCACAGUGGCCCGCCUCUCACCUCCACCCUACCCAGCUACUGCGGGCCGCUGGCGAGCUGUCUGACCACCCCCCGGGCGUACGAGAACCAUGAGCAGCUGAGAGACCCGGACUCUGACCUGAUCCGUGGCGACGCAGACUUGACCUUCACUUUCGGGGACACCGCCAUCACCGCCAACGGGGCGUCUGGCAGUGGAGCGGACACUGCCGGGGGGUCGGGCUGGAGCGCGAAUGGGAAAAGGAGCGGCAGCACAUCAGAGGAGGCGCUGGAGCGUGAGCUGGACUCCCGCGAGCAGGAGCUGCUGAGCCGAGGGACGCGCCUCGUCUUCCCCAUCGAGGACCAUAUCUGACCCCACCCGUCCCCGCCACCCGCACCCACCCCCCAACCACCUCAUCCUCAGCUUUCUCCACAUCCAGGAGGGCGGUCCUGCAGAGUGACUCUGAACUUCCUUUGGGAUCACAACACCUCAGCUGGACAAAGUCUCUCUGACUCAUUCUGUCAUGUGACCCUGUCAUGUAGACGGGCAUCGCUGCACUCGCCUAUGUCUGAAUACUCCUCUUCCUCCUUGCUCCACACAGUGUCCGGGUGUCUGCUCUGGACGAAUACGCAGUUAAAGAACUUUGUAUUUCAUUAUGUCUCCAAAGGAAAUGCUGAUUUUUCAAAACAGACAUGCAGUGUGCAGUCGGACUGCGGAGCUUCAACUUUUGGACAAGGAUCAGAAGCAGCGCAGCAGCUGAGAAAUGCUUUCACUGAUGAUACGCAUGCAAAGAUGGAUGAUUCUCCCAACAUCCAGCAGGCUCUCGGUGACCUCUGGAUGGAUCCCCAGUGAGCAGGAGGUGUUGAGAGGCUUUACUGACUGCAAAGAGCGGGCACCUCCCAUCGUAACUGCUCCUUAAUGCUGCAGAGCUCCCUCCUCUAUGUUCUCCUCCCUCUCUUUCCCCAUGCACGUUUGGCAAAGCUGACUCAUCCUCGGCAGUCAGCCGAAGAGAGCGGGCGGAGCUCGGUCACUCAGGCUUGUGCACAGAGAUGAUUUUAGAAGCAGAUCUCACAGAGCGACCCUCUGCAGGCUCAAACGUGACCCCGGCGAGCAGCACACACCUGCGUCAGCUGUGUGUGCAGGUAAACAGGCGUGUGUGCGUCUGCUAUGUAGCCUCCAUACUCACUCGAAACACACGGUUCACUUAUUGUUUUUCCCUCUGGACUCAUUGUCAGGAGUGACAUCACACUUUUGUUUUAGAAACGUGCUGCUGUGCAUAAUUUCUAUAAAGUUCACUCUGUGUGUUUGUGUAUGUGUGUGUCUGAGCAGAGAAUCAGAUGGCCCCGCUGUGGUUGCUGCGCUGGUGUGUGCAUGCGCAGGAGCAGGUGUGAAAAGCACGGCUCCCAGCUUAGCACGAGGCUUUCAGAUGCACAGCAGGAAACGAGUGUGCUUCUGUAAGCCGAGCUCUGCAGGGAGGGUCACUGACGCUGGUGUGAGACUGUGUAGGUGAGCUCAUGGGGGAGCCAUGUUCCCUCUGUCAUGUGAAAGGUAGCGCACUAAACUGUGAGCGUGCUGCUCUGCACGAGUCCUAAAGGCAGUUGGCAUGUUCGGCGCACUCUCUGCGAGGACGUGGGAAGCAAGCAAGACCGUCUCUGACCUUCCCGUGUCGGCAGGAGUACGUGAGAAAUGUGAUGCGUAGCCUAACUGUCAAUGUAUGCAACUGUUGUGUUUAGUAGCAGCUCUGCAGCCCGUCUGCAUCCACUGUGGUCUGCAUGUCAGCAUGUCAAUAAAAUCUCAAGUUCUCACCCAGUG